AUGAGUCUAGCUCGUGGAAGAUGCGUUAUCUGCACAUCCAACUUCACUUCAAAUAAUAUCUCAGCUUUGCACUGUGGCCACACAUUUCACUUUGUCUGCAUCUCUGAAUGGGUCAAGCGCUCAAAAACCUGUCCAAUAUGUAGAGUGACAACAGCUGAGAGGCAUAUCGUGAAGCAUAUAUACUUCGACAGCGCCGAUGACAUUUCCGCUUCUCAGACGGAAACAAGCAGUGCUGCCAAGGUUCUUGACACUGAAAAGAAAUGCUAUCGCGAAAAGAUUCCAUCAUUACAAGCUCGAAAUCGGCAGCUUGAGAUGAUGUUGGUUGACCAGCAGGAAUUGCAGAAGACCCUCGAAAGAACGAAAAGUCGACUUCAAGCAUGCGAAUUCUACAAAGCGGUCACGACCGCGAAAGAUGACUCGGCGAUGGACAAAUAUCUCAGGGAUGACGGCGGAGUCGAAUUUGGGCAGUUUCUCAAAGUAUUGAGAGGGCAGCUGGAAGAUUCACGAAAGUCGCAGCAGAAAUUGAGAGAUGAUUUGUCGGCUGAACGAGAGUUAGUGAGAACUUUGAAGAAAAAAGAGGACGAUCUCAAAAACAUAGUCACCGCUCUUGAGAAAGAACUUCGAGAUGUUCGCUGUGCUGCCAAUAUUGACUCCACACCUUUCAAUCCGAAACUGAGAGGUCUAGACCUGCGAGUGAGCCCUCCAAAACGUGAUUCAAUGGGUUUCAAUGUAUCGGUGGAAAUAAACACGAAUGUUCUUAAUUCAGCCCUAGGGCGCCGUGCGAGAGCAGUGUCCCCUCGAAGGAGGCCUGAUAAAAGUCCGGUGCGUGUACCAAUCUUUUUGAAUCUGUCAGAUGACGAUGAUGAACAGCAACCUGCAGCAGCCGAUGUUUCACUCCAAUAUCCUGCUCAGUUGGAUACCAUACCAAGUCCUCGUAUCCCGAAGACGAUGCGGGAGCGUAUGCUCAAUGGCGGCUCGGAAAAUAAACGUCCCACGGGGCUUGGUGGAGCUCAGGAUGCCCCUGCAAAAGCUCUGGUUGAACUUGAGAUCAGGAACGCCUCUGCUAAUACGAUGUCAAGAAAGCCACUUGUAUUGAAGCGAAAACUCGAUAAAACUGAUCCGAAUAACCAGCGUCUUUCCCAAUUCUUCCCAAAGCGGAAUCCCACCGAUGUCAUUGUUUUAGAUGAUUAG